AUGCAGGCCGGCGGUUACGCAGAAGAAGAUGGGGAGCGCAGGGGGGGUCAAACGCAGUCCCCGAGGGGGAAAGGAGCGGGGAAGAGAAGACCGGUGACCUUUGACUCCGUGGGGAUCUUCGGGAAACUCUUGUUCACUUGGGUGAACCCGGUGAUCUCCAUGUGCAUGCAGCACAGCGUACGACCUGAAGAACUGCCUCCCUUGGGCACUUCCGACGAUGUACGCUACUGGUCUGAUCGCAUGGACCAGAGCUUGGCCGAUGAGGAAAAGUACGCUGCGGCAGGAAAGCGGAAACCCUCAGUCAUCCGCGCCGUGUGGCGCGUCCUCAGGCGAAUGCUUUUCUGGAUCUUUAUAGGCUACGUUAUUCGAGAUGGUUUGGGCGUCGUCAACACCUACUUCCUCAAAAGGCUGCUGCAACAGGAUGUCAACGAUGCUGACGGACUCUACCGAACGGUGGUUAUGGGGUCACUGAUCUCUCUCGUCCAGCUCCUCCAGAUCUUCGUCGACACGUCGAUAGACUUCUACACGUGCCGGGUUUACAUGCGCGUAGAAAUGUGCCUUCUCACGUCUCUGUUCAAGAAGGUGAUUCAGCCCGAUGCUGCGGCGCCGCCCGCGCUCAUUCUCAGGGAGGCCUACCAUGAGGACGCACUCGAACUUGCGGCGCAGAAUGACGGAGUCGGCUGCACGAGAGAAGAGGCCGACUCCACGAGGGAGGUAAAGCGGAAAGCAGGGGAAAAGACGCGGGGAUUCCAAGGCAAUGUCUUCAACCUCAUGUUUGUCGAUAUUCCUUCUCUCGCGUCUCUCGUCUUCACCUUCGUCGAUGUCGUCAUGAUGCCCGUGCGCAUCGGAUUCGCCGCAGGCAUGCUCUACAUGCAGAUUGGAGCCGCUGCGGAGGUACCGGGUCUCAUCAUCGUCCUGCUCAUCACUGCCGUGACGACAAUUUUGGAAAUCAUGAACGCCAAUAUGAAAACAAAGUACAUGCUCUACCGGGACAUUCGCCUGGACAAAAGCCAUGAGGCGCUGUCCUCGAUGCGGACGAUUCGGCUUCUGGGAUGGGAAGACAUUGCGGAGUUCAACAUCAAACGAUUCAGAGACCUCGAGAUGCACCAGCGGACUCUCCGCAUGUACAUCUCGGCCGUCUCCACUUGGCUCAGCUCGUCAGCAGCAAUGGCCAUGUCCAUGGCGACGUUCAUGGCCUACACUCUCCCCGUCAUCCACAUGCCCCGAUUCCAUCUUCGGCCGGAGCUGGCGAUCCCGGUGAUUCACCUCCUGGACAAUUUCAUUGGGCCGAUCACGGACUUCCCCUACGCGGUCAACAGCGUCCUCGAGGGCUACAUUUCUCUCGCGCGGAUUCAAAACUGUUUCUUCCCGCCGGUCCCUCCCUCGGCAGCGGCUGCGCGGGGAGGGAAGACAUCCGGCGACAGCCACGCUGGAGGCGAAAGGGACACUCUCCCGACAGUGUCCCUUUCGCCCGGUGCUGCUGCGGAAGACGGAGAAGACUCGCCGCUCCUGUCGCCCGUGAUGGACGGCGCCGCCAAGGACACCUGUGGAAGACCGGGUUUGCGCGUGUCUCCCGGAGUCCAACGCGCGGCUGCGGAGAUGCUCGAGGCUCUGCAAACCGACCCUGCGGUUGAAGUUAUUUUCGCGUCCGCAACGUUCACCUGGAUGCCGCAUGCGUCGUCUCCCUUUUUGCCGCCGCCGCCGUUUCCCCCCUCGAUUCCCCUGUCCCGCAGAAGGGAAGAGGGCGGCCAACCCCGCAGGCGAGCAGGCGCGUCUUUGCAUGCGCCCUUGUUGCUUCUCCCACCGGCGUCUGACGGCCUGCCGACAUUGUACAAUCUUUCUUUCCGCCUGCGCCGGGGCGACUUGCUGUUGCUGACGGGGCCGCCAGGCUGCGGGAAAUCGUCUGUUUUCCACGCGCUUCUUCAGCAGCGCGAGCUGCAACUCGUCGAGGGUUCGAUGUUUGUGAAGGCGGCUCUGGGCGUCGCUCUGCGGGGCGGCUCAGUGGCGGGGCCGGAAGGCGCCGAGGCUGCGCUCACGACCGACGACACGCCGCCGAUCGGGUACAUUGCCCAGGAGCCCUGGCUCCAGAUCGGCACGAUCAAAGAGAACAUCGUCUUCAACCAGACGGCGGACGAGGAGCUGUACCGGCGCGUGGUGGAGGCCUGCGAGUUGCAUCUGGACUUUGAGUCGUGGCCGGGAGGGGACUCUCGUUUCAUCGACGAAGGCGGGGCAGAUCUCAGCGGAGGCCAGCGCAUGCGAAUCACGAUGGCGAGGGCCAUCUACGUGAGUCUCGCGUACCGCGCCCGAGCCAAGGCACAGGCGGCCUACGUGGCGACGCAGCUGACUCAGCGGCGGCGGGAACUUUCCGAGGACCUCCAUCUCAUCGUCCGCGCAGGAGCGGAGGCGAAGCGGAAACAGGCCGCGCGGAACGCCGAGACGCCAGAGCGUGGAGGCUCACCUGUGGAAAGCGGGGAAGCUGGCGAAGCUGGAGGGACGCAAGGGCCGCCGGGAAGCGUGGACGAACUCUCGCAUUUGCUCUGUUUCGACGAGACGUUCAACUCCCUCGACCCUUACGUGGCGGGGCGAAUCUUCAUGAACCUGUUUGGGCCCGAGGGCCUUCUUGUCGACGCUGCAGUGAUUGUGGGGGCCAGCGAACAGUCGCUCUCGGGCCUCGUGGACCAACUCAACGGAGCCGACAAAACGCCUAGAGACCAGGGCGCUCCGCCUGCGAGUUCACACCCCUCUUCUUCUGAAGAGAAGAAAAUGAAGGUGUCCGUCGGGUGUCUAGAGGAGGGGCGUCUCGCCUGGCUAGGAAGCGCCGAGGCCUUCUGGACGCGGGUUCACGAAGGAACCCCCGACGGCGUUUCCAGUGUCUCUCCGGGGCACGCUGCCGACGAGCGUGUCGAACUGGAAGACCGAGAGCGCGCGGUCACGCGAUCCGGCGAAGGCGAGGAAACGAUCGAAGGGAUGCUGCGCGGACUCGAGCUGGAGACCCGCGCUUCGGCGCCGCAGGACGCGGCGGCGGACAUGACGGCGGUCGACGACAUGCUGAAGAACCUCAUGGUGAAUGAGCAGGCGGCGAGUGGGCAAGUCAAACUCGUUUCCUACGGCUGGUACCUUCGUCGCGUCGGCCUGUUCGUCUCCGUUCUCCUCGUUCUGCUCCACUUGCUGACGGCGGGCACCGACUUCACGAGCGAUCUGUGGAUCGCCAGGUGGACCGGGAAGCGGCCGUCGGGCCGCUCGCCCGAGGCCAGCAAGGCUGGCAACACGGAGCAUGCAGUCGAGGGCCCGGGGAGUGUCCGCGGCGAAGAGAAGAAGAUCACGGAGGCGGAGAAGCAGGCGGCGCGGGCUCUGUUCGACAACCAGACGGAUGUGCACAAGUCGCAGCAGCCCGAGUCGCGUCUCGGGAGUUUCUCGAACGCCUUCUAUCUCUGGUUCUACGUCGCGGUGGCGGGGCUGAACAUCGUGUUUGAACUCACGAUGAAGUUGACGAGCGCCAAAGGCUCGCUGGCGUCGGCGGAACUCAUCCACAACCGGCUCCUGAACGUGAUCUGCACGGCGCCGUUCUGGUUCUACGACCAGAACCCGAUGGGUCGGAUCCUGAAUCGGCUGUCGACCGACGUGGCCGUCGUCGACGCGGGGAUCUUCAAGCGCAUGUCUCUCGUCUUGGCGGCCGCCCUGAGCUGCGCGUUCGGGCUCGGCGUGCUCGCCUGGACCACGUUCUGGGCGGUGCCCCUCCUGCCCGUCCUGCUGCUCUGCGUCUACUUUUUCGUCUUUCGCUACUACCGCGCGACGUGCCGGGAGGUGCAACGCGCGUCGCUCAUCUCUUUCUCCCCGCUCUGCUCGUCCUUCAGCGAGUGCUUGAGCGGGCGAGACACGAUUUUCGCGCUUCGGCGGAAACGCGUGGUGUGCGAACGCAACCUGGACCAAGUCGAGAACUCGCAGCGGGCCAAGAUCUUGCACUGGGGCUCGAGUUCGUGGGCGUCGAUUCGGCUCCAGCUCCUCACCUUUCCCCUCGCAGUCUUGAACGCGAUCGUCCCCCGCGCCGUCGCGUACGCCCAAGUCCACAGCGCCGUCUCGACGGCUGCUCGGGCCUCCGCCGCAGGCGCCUCGAUGGCGCAUGCAGGCUACCUCGGCCUGGCGCUCUCGUACUCCCUCUCGGUGGCUUCGUCGCUGCGCCGCCUCCUCAUCCACUACGCCCACCUCGAGAAAGAAAUGUGCUCAGUCGAACGCGUCCACGAAUACAUUGCGUGCACGGACAAAAUGAGUCCGGACUCGGUGGCCGUCGUGGAGGAGUCCGCGCGCUUGCCCUCAGAUCCCUCGGACGGCCCGGCGGCGGGGCCGCGCCCGUCGAGGCGCGCGAGCGACCGAGCCGCGUCGCAGAACAGUCCGGCCUUCCCCUUUCUUCCGAUCCAGCGAAAAGGCGUGCAGCUGACCGGUGUCGAGGUUCGCUACCGCCGCCCAGGCUUCCACUACGUCACCCACCUCCGAGAGCUGCUGCAGGCGCGACUGACUGAGCGCUGCGGAGACGACGCGCGGAAGAAGAGCGAGACACACGAGGACGGGGCUCUCCUCCCGCUUCUUCGCGGCCAUCCGGCGACGGAGAAAGAGAGGGAUCGACAGAUUCGCUGGCUGCAAAAGGCAGUCGACGACUUGGGGAAAGGAGACGAAGCCAUCUUUCUAGCGCCAAGCAUAUUCCAACUCUCCGCAGACGUCGGCCCCUCGCAACACGUCGGCAUCGUCGGGCGCACAGGGUCGGGCAAAUCCACGUUGCUCCAGGCGCUGAACGGUCUGGUGCCGUGCUAUCGAGGAACCAUCCUGUUGGACGGGACGCGAAUCGACUGCUUGCCGAAGCAGGUGCUUAAACAGGUCAUAGGCGUGCUUCCGCAAAACCCGAUAACCUUCAAAGGCAUGACCGUUCGGGAGGUUCUGGACCCUCGGUACCAGCACACCGACGCCGAGCUCUGGGCGGCUAUGGACGAGGUGGGGAUCUCGUCGCUGAUUCAGCUGCUUCCAGGAGGAAAGCAACUGGACACCGUGGUUUCGCCGGAUGACUCCGUUCCGCCAGAGUCGGCGGGUGCGUGCCGCGGGGACAGCAAAUCGCGUCUCGUCCUUCCCCAAGGUUCUGCGCGUCGCAGGAGCUCGGUUCGCUCCACCGGCAGCGGCCCCAGCGGAGAGUCUCGGUGGCACGUCUCUAGCUCGGAAACAGAAGACGUCGUUUCUUCGCAUCCGCUUUCCGACGUUCAGCUGCGCUACCUCGCAGUAGCUCGGCUGGUCCUUCGCGCAGCCUCGUAUCGUCUCAUUCUGGUUGACGAACCCCCUGCCGAGACACUGGACCAGUUGCACAGGGGAGGCGCAGCGAACGCGUGCGGGACGCGACAGGCGAGCGGGGAAGCCGCGGACGGCGCGUGGAGGCGGCAGUCCACAGGUGCACAAGCGCCGUUUGUGCCGAUUCCCCAACUCAUCCGACGCGUCUUUGCACACUGCACUGUAUUCAUCGUAGCGCACCACGUGGCGUCACUACAAACUUGCGACACAGUGUGGCUGAUGUGGAAGGGCCGGAAGAUCGGCGAGUGCACCCCGGCAGAAAUCCGAACGGACAAACAGCUGGCCGAAGUGAUGAUGCGGCAAGUGAACCGGUGGAAACAGCAGUGUACGGACGAACUGUUAGAGACCGAGGGCAGCUAG